AUGCGUGCUGAUCUGGAGAAGGAGAUGGCCCAGCUGCGGACUAUGCAGCAUCCGCAGUUUUGCCGGGAGGAGGAGAAGAUCAAUGAGCGGUUCCGCGCCGACCUCGUCGCCAUCGAGGAGCACGCGAAGGUCAGCUUACUGCUUUUUUAUAUUCUGCUUCUUUCAGAAUCUUCUCGUGAUUCGUUCCCGCACCUUUUGGAUUUACCCAAAAUGCUGUCGUUUUCCUAUGCUGCUGCUGCUCUAUGCAAAAUUUUGCUGUUAUUCACCACAAGCCAGAGUGAUGCUUAG